UGCGGUUACUCAGCACGCAGCUCGCCCUUUUGCAGUCAGGUUUUUUGGGACACGGGGGUGGGGAAUCAACAGGAUCCCCGCAGGCAAGCCGGAACACAAGCACCGUCGCUCGGCCAUGGGAGCAGAGAGCUCAGCGCAGCAGGACAUCGCCCGGAGCGGGGAGGAGGAGGAUGCUUCGGCCAACAACGACAGCGUCCUUGACACAAAGUCCCUUCGGAAAAAUGGCCAAAUCUCUAGCAAGACCAGUUUGAGUGGACACUCAGAGGACAACACGCUGGCGGGAGUUGGCCAGCCAGAUGGUGUGUCUGUGGCUCAGAAAGAAGACACUUCAGAAACCAUGGACACCAUCGCAGACGAGCAGGCCCCUCAAGUGAACGGCGAGAAGGUGGAAAAGGAGUCUCCUGACGCCAACGACAUCACUCCCGUAGAGGAGAAGGCAGCGGAGGAGAAGCCCAACGAGACGGGUGAAGUCGGCUUCAAGAAGAUCUUCCGCUUUGUGGGCUUUAAGUUCACCCUGAAGAAGGACAAGAGCGAGGAGAAAGACCCUGUGAAGCUGCUGACUGUGAGAGAUAAGGAUGGAGAGGUGGUCAACGGACUGGAUGAACCUCCGAAGGAUGAGUCCAACGCCGAGGGCGAGAACGGUAUUGCCGAAGAGAAAGUUUCCCCUGACACUGAGACCGAAGUCACCAAAGAUACCACCAAUGCUGAAACCCCAGAUGGUGCUGCAGAUGCAGCAGAAGCCACAGAUGAAGCUGUCAAAGAUGAAGUAACUGAAAAAGAGGAGGAGUCCAGUCCACCACCCCAGGAGACUACGCUGUCCCCCUUCAGGAAGCUUUUUAGCACAGGCCUCUUCUCUAAUCUGCGAAAGAAAUCCAGCAUUAAGAGGACAAAAGAGGAGGAAGACAAGGAGGCAGCAGGCGAGGACGAAGCUGCUAAGACGGAAGAGGGGGGAGAUAAGCCAGAGGCGGAGCAAGAAACCAAGGAGGAGGCAACAGUAUGUCAAGAGAAAGAAAAAGCAGAAGAAGAGGCCCCAGCAUCACCGGACGAGGCUAAACCCGAGCCGACCUCUGAGUCUGAGGUCACCGCUGAUAGUCCUGCUUCUGAUGAGACAAAGCAAGAAGAGGAAAAAGCAGAAGAAGAGAAAUCUCCAGUGGAGGUAACCUCUGAUUCUGAACUAGUGUCUUCACAAGAGAAGGUAAAGCCCCAAGGGAGCCCUCUGAAAAAGCUUUUCACUGGCGCUGGCUUGAAGAAACGCUCUUCUAAGAACAAGAAGAGCAAGAAAGAUACUGAAGCCAAACUAACAGAGUCUGGGGAGCAAUCAGCAGAACUUCAGUCCUCCACUGAAUCCACAGAAGCGGCAAAAGCUGACAGUGGCCCCUCGUCUCCAGAGAAAUCAGGAGAGCAUGUAGUUGAAGCAGAGGGUGAAGAAAUUGAAGGUGAAGUUGUCUCUGACGGAGAGAAGAAAAAAGAGGGUGUUGUUGUCUGGUCUUCGUUCAAGAAACUAGUGACGCCCAGGAAGCGUGUGAAAAGACCUUCUGAGAGCGACGAUGAGGUCACAAGUGAGAAAGCCGCCAAGUCAGCAACUUUGUCAUCUUCUGAGAGCGCUCCAUUAGCAGAUAAAGGUGUAGAAGAGGAAGCUAAAGAAGAGAAACCCUCUGAAGAUGAGAGUAAGGCUGAAAACACUGAAGAGAAACUGGUCAGCAGCACAGAGGAGCCCAAAAAGAAAAUGGACACUUCUGUCUCUUGGGAAGCUCUGAUGUGUAUGGGAGGACCCAAGAAGAGGACCAGGAAGACAUCUGAUUCUGACGAUGAGGAAACCAAGAUUGAUGAGGAGAGCGCGCCAGCUGCAGAGGAGGGGAAGCAGGAGGAGAAAAACGAAGAAGGUGCAGUGAACAUUCAAAAUGUUGAGGCUGAAGGAGAAGGCUCUUCCUCUCCAGAACCUCCGACCAGCCCACCUGAGAAGGAAUCUGCCUGGGACACAUUGAAACGCAUGGUUAUGCCAAAGAGUAAGGCCAAAUCUGAGGAGAAAACAGAAGAAAGCACAGAACAGGUCCAGACAGAAACUGAGGUUCCAAAAGAUGAGUCAUCGUUCUCUUUGAGAAAGCUGUUCCCUGGUCUCAGGAAGAAGAAAGUUGAAAAACAAGCCUCCACUGAUAGCGAGGAGGACUCUGACACCCCAGCAGUGGUCCCGCUGUCAGAGUAUGAGACAAAACCAGAAGAGCAAACCGUGGAAACCACAAGCGUGGCUAAAGUGUCUUCUGAGGAGAGAACCCCUUCAUGGAUCGCAGCCACGGGGGAGCAAGGCGAUGACAAACACGAUCAGCUGAGCGACAUCACCGAAGAAGCAGAGAAUGUCGCUACCCCCAAGUCUGUUGACACCGACAAUGUGGAAGAUGACACUGAGGAGCAGAUUGCGGCGCUCCCAAAAUCUCGAGGACGUAAAUUAUCCGUAGCUGAAGUUGCUCAAGCUCCUCCCGCAGAAACCACCUCCAAUGAAACCCAAGGACUGAAGACAGAAAAAGCACAGGAAUCCGUGGCGGCCAUCGAAGCUGAGAUCAGUGAAAUUCCACCUGUGACAACUUCGAUCUGUGAAGACCCACCAAUUGUGACAGCCACAGAAGAAUUUGAACCACCUCUGGAGCAAGCCGUUACCAACACUCAUCAUCUCCUUGAGUCGCAUGCCCGUGACGAGGCCGUGGCCAUCUGCACUGGCCUGGGAACCAAAGAGAUUGCUAAACUCGCUCUGGAGAAACCUGCAACUGAAAUCACAGAGUGUGUUUCUGUGGUCACCGAUGCACUAAGCACUGAGGUCUUAGUAGAAGAGGACUCACUUCAACUGGAGAAGGCCAUUGUGACAGAAGACGCACUGUUGAACGUCCAAGUCCAACAAGUAAGAAGCACUGAAAUCGAACCUGUCCAAAUCUUGGAGAAGGAAGUUCUUGAUGUUCAAACUGCUGGGAAUACCUGCGAACCUGUGCCUCCGGCCAUCGCGACUGUCAACACUUUGCUGGAUCCGCAAACUGUUGAGAGCGCCACCAACGUGACGCCGACUGUAGAACUACAGAACGGAGAAGUUGAAAAUAACAAUGAAUUUGAACAUGCCCGUCAAACAAUAACACCAAAUGAGGAGGUUUGCGUCAUCAAAGAAACCGUUGUCCUCAUCAGUCCGCCCUCCGAUAUUUCAGAACUAGAGGACGCUACAAAACUCAACGGUAAUGAAGAAGAGUCCAGUCAAAUUGAGGCCCAGAGCAGUGUCAUCGCCCAAUCUGUCAUUCAGGACGCUGUGGAUAAAGUUUCAGUUCAGCCAAAAACCCCUGAGUCCUCCGCUCCAAUGACACCAGUCCAGGCAAUGAUGACCACCGAAAAGGAGAUUGAGUUUCCAGCAGAAACCGCCGUCAUUACCGACACCCCCGUCACCAACGAAAAAUCAAAAGAGAAGCCACUUUUUGUCGCUUUGGAAUGUGAAUCGGUCCCGAUUGAGGUGACGAAGAUCCUCGACCCAUCUGUGCUGGGAGAUGAGAAACCGGAGGAAAGCUUGAAGAAAGUUGUGGAAGUAAACGCAAGUGAAGAAUUUGUCAUAGUGGAAGAAGUGGUGGAGAUCAUUGGUGAGGGUCAAACAAACAACAAACUGGAGGCAGUGAAGGAGGAGCUGGAAGAAGAGAAACCGCAACCAGAGGUGAAGGAGAUCCACCAUCCCUUCCAGAUGGUUCUUAAGUCCGCGCAGGUGGUCGAAGAGGAGUCGUUCCAAGAGGAAGCGGUGGAGGAAAUCGGCAGCAACGGCCUCGCGGACGGCCAAGGAGACCGACCGGCGAGCGAAGACCUCCAAGCAGAGGAGAGGACGCCGUCAAAGUGCGCAGAGGUGAUGGCGCAGGUGAUGGAGGUGAUCGAGGAGGCGGUCAAGGAGAUCCAGCCUGUGUCCACAGAGAUCACACCGGCAUCGUGAGCAGAUGAAGCUGCAGAACCGUUGCCACGGCGACCAAGACGAGAGCGAUGACAAGAAGCAGAGGACGCUCGGUUACCACUCCCCCACUUGAUACGUCGGGACAUGGCUCCGCCCCGUCCUGCCCUGAGAGACACUGAGUCACCGAGCUUCCUGUCCAGCAUCCAUUCACCCAUCCAACACCUUCCCCACUUCCUGCAUCCACCCUAUCUCUGUCUCCACGACGGUGCAAGCAAGUGGACCAGUGUUUACCUGUGUGCGUGCGUGUAUAUGAUGCAUAGGUGUGAAAGAAUAUCAGAAGGUGAACAGAUUGUAUAUUGUAUUUAUAUCGCGAGUAUUCUUCCAGUCACCCUAUAUUUUUUCAUGUCAAGCCCUAUUUUUGUUUCCUUUGUCACACGAAAAAAAAUAUUUUGAAAAAUGCAAAAAGCAACAAGUCAUUACCAAAGCUCAUUGUUGCGUAAAACUGGAGAGGGGCGAUUAUUGUCAUUAUUCAAAUAUUCUGUAGCAGCCAUGGUACAAAAUGAGCCCGACUGCCUAAUUUACUGUGAAAACAACUUGUCAGAACACAAAAUACUGUUAGAUCAUCCUCACUUUUGGAGCUGUAGUUCGUGCAUUAUUUUAUGAAUGCACUUUUGAACACCCAUCAUAAAUUAGAGGCUGCUUAAUGCAUUUCUUCUUUAUUAAUUUGGGUUAUGAAUGGCUGACACCAGCAAGCUUUAUGACCAAAUGAGACCAACCAUUUAUCAAUACUUGCUUUUUUUUUGUACAUAAAUAUUCCACCCCAAACUUCUUUUAGUUCACUGUGAGCUUGUUAACAUUUGUACAGAUUAUACGCUUGUAUGUACUGACAAAGCCUCUUGUUAUAACAACUAAUAUGCUUCAUUGUCCCGUAAUAUUCACAUAAGCAUGGUUUUAACUGUCUUUUGUAUUUUCCAAGCUGUUAAUAGUACGGAUACACAAACGUGUCUAUAUUUCAUUCAAUAAAGUUUAGAGGGUUGGGGAAAA